CUUGCUCACAGAUUGGGUUCGAAUUCAACCUCGCAGAUGCACCUAUCCCCAAGACUGAGCUGCAUCCAUCUCCUAAACAACAUACUGAACUCUUCCCUUCUUCAACUCAAACAAAUUCACGCCCAAUUGAUCACCAAUGCCUUCAAAUCCCCCUCCCCUUACGCCAAAUUAAUCGCCCAUUUCUGCAACAAGCAUUCCCCCGAAGCCACCGCCUACGCCCAUUCCAUAUCCCUGCACCACCGACACCCCACCAAUCUCUUCCUCUUCAACACCCUCAUACGAUGCGCUCCGCCUCAACAUUCCAUCUCCAUUUUCGCCAAUUCGGUCUCCACUGCUCACUUCCAAUUCGAUGAUUUCACUUUCAUUUUCCUGCUCGGAGCUUGUGCGCGGGCUCCAUCGCCGCCGACGUUAACCACCGGCAAGCAGAUUCAUACUCAUAUUCUCAAACGUGGGGUUGUUUCAAACAUUUGGGUGCAGACUACCAUGAUUCAUUUUUACGCGAUUAACAAAGAUGUGGGUGCUGCACGGAAGGUGUUCGAUGAAAUGCCUGUGAGAAAUAAUGUUACCUGGAAUGCGAUGAUUGCAGGGUACUGCUCACAAAGUGGAAGGGUGGCUCAUAAAUAUGGUCUAGAAGCGUUGGAUUUGUUUCGGGCGAUGUUGGUUGAAUCAACGAAUUCUGAUGUCAAUCCAACGGAUACUACAAUGGUCUGUCUUCUUUCAGCUGCAUCUCAACUGGGUGUGCUUGAAACCGGCGUUUGCGUUCAUGCAUACAUCGAGAAAACAAUUGAUUCCCCUGAAAAUGAUGUGUUUAUUGGUACUGGUUUGGUUAAUAUGUACUCAAAAUGUGGGUGUCUCAACAGUGCUUCAUUAGUUUUUAAGCAGAUGAAGCAGAGGAACGUUUUGACAUGGACAGCGAUGGCGACAGGGUUGGCCAUUCAUGGAAAGGGUAAAGAAGCAUUGGAACUUUUGGAAGCAAUGGGAGGUCAUGGUGUAAAGCCAAACGCAGUAACCUUCACAAGUCUACUUUCUGGUUGCUGUCAUGGGGGGCUUAUCGAAGAGGGGCUCCAUUUGUUUGAUGUAAUGGAGAGGAAGUUCGGUGUUGUGCCACAAAUGCAGCAUUAUGGCUGCAUUGUUGACCUUCUUGGGCGGUGUGGGCACUUGAAAGAGGCAUAUGAGUUGAUACUUGGGAUGCCAAUGGCGCCUGAUGGUGUGUUAUGGAGGAGUUUGAUGAGUUCUUGUAUGGUUCAUUGCGAUGUUGAAAUGGGAGAGAAGGUGGGGAAGUUCCUUGUGGAGAGUGUUGUUGGUGAUGAGUGGUGUGAUGGAAGUGAGGACUUUGUAGCUUUGUCGAAUGUUUAUGCUUCUGCUCAAAGGUGGGAGAAUGUGAAGGCUGUAAGGGAGGAGAUGAAGAUCAAAGGGAUUCAAAACAAAGCCGGGGUAUAGUUCGGUUCAAACUAGGGGUUAGAGACGGGGUAUAGUUCGGUUCAAACUAGGGGUUAGAGACGGGGUAUAGUUCGGUUCAAACUAGGGGUUAGAGACGAGUUAACAAAAAUUCAUCGUUAAAACAUCUGUAACAUUGUUAUGAACUAA